AUGCCGCGUCGCAAGCGCAGUGUGGAGCCACAGAUCGGACUUGAAGCGAAGUGUGCAGUGAUGCACAGCGCGCUGCUGCAGAGACCCGCUUUCAGCAAUGAGAACCGUCGUAAACCGUGCCGUUGCAUUGCAACCACUGCCCGGCCUCCCCAUCACACAACACGGACCUUGCACGAAAAGUUGCCAGCGGCUGCUCCCCGAGGCCCGGCCCGAGACCCGCCGGAAGCGCCCGUGACUGAAAGUGCAGAGGUCCGGCAUCUUUGUGAUGGAGGCCAGGCUCGCUGGCAGCUCUUAGAGCCCGCGGAGGGCGCGCCGCGGCCGGCGAAGCGGUCUAGCCACAGCGCCGUCGUCGACGCGGCCUCGCGGCGACUCCUCGUCUUUGGCGGCGGCGCAGGGCGUGGCGGCAACCGCAACGACGUCUGGGCCUUCGGCCUCGAGGCCAAGGAGUGGGAGGAGCUGGGCACGGCCGGGCCUCGGCCCUCAGCGCGAGUCCGGCACUCCGCGAUCCUGGACCCCGCGGCCCGGGCGAUGCUCCUCUUCGGGGGCUACAAUGGAGCAGCUCGCGACGACGCCUGGGCCUUCGGCUUGGAGGACCACGGUUGGAGGGAGCUGCGGCGCGAAGGCGAGCUCCCGCCAGGGAGGUACGCGCAUUCCGCCAUCUUCGACCCCAAGGGCCGGCAGAUGGUGGUCUUCGGGGGCCAAGGAGGCGAGGAUUUACGUGAACUGGACGAUGUGUUCAUCCUGGAGCUCCAGGUAUCCUGUGGCGUGUUAGCUGGUGGAGGAGUGGCGCACGGCGGCCGACUAUACCUGGCUCAGACCAAGGUUUCCGGGGCCGAGCAGUACGGGCACUCGGCCAGCUACGAGGAAGCGGCCCACGCUAUGCUGUUUUUCGGAGGCCCGGGAUCCAAGAAGGGAGGGGGAACCGAUGGCGACAACUUCUUCAGCGACCUCUGGUCCUUGGACCUGGAGGCAAAGCGCUGGGAGGAGAUCCAGGCCGCGGAGGGGCCCCCGGCGCGGCAUCUCCACACCUCCGCCUGCGCCGCCGGGCAGCUGCUGGUCUUCGGCGGUGAUGGUGCAGGUGGCCGCUUGGGCGACCUCUGGAUGUUCGAUCUCGAGGUGGGGAGGAUUCAUUUCCUAGCAGAAACAACGCGUACGGACAGUGAACCGAGCACAGUGGCCUUCGUCAUCUCCUGGGGCCUGGGUUGGGCGGAGACUCGCUCAUACCAAAGAAGCAUGGACACACGCCCGGCGCUGGGAGCCGCUCCCGCCUGUUGCAGCGAGCCCCGCAGCGCGGUCCUCGCACGUGGGACACUUCUGGACGACCUUUGGGCCUUGGACCUCUUCGAGGCCGGAGAGGGACUCGAGACGGGGAAAGGAGUUGAACUCAUGCUUGCAAAUGCUUCGCGCCGUCCGCCUCCACAGCCCAGCAGUGUGCUGGGACUGAAGCCAGACGGCAUGUGCCGCGGUGAUGCUGCUAUGUGCAUGGGCGACUCGCUCUGCGCUCUGGCACCACCCAUGAGAGGUUCCUGGUUACGAAAAGCGAGAUACUGUGCGGACAAAAGUGAGCACGCAGAAGUGCUGCCAAGUCUUGUUGGCGGUGAUGACAUCGUAGAGUCGGAGUGCGAACUGCCAACGCCUGCUGGUAGUCAAAAUUUCCCGGUACCGAUCACUUGCAAAUACCAGGUCUACCGGCUAAAUGGAAAAUGCCAGGAAGACCGAUUCCUGGGUUGGCGUGGCUGUGGAAAUUUACGUGACAUUACGUUGACACCGACAUCUUUCUGUGACUUUGCUGUUUGUGUCUUCUUCCAUAUCUGGAAGAGGUGGCAAGAACACGGCGAAGAGCCCCUGGCAGUGGUCAGGCUCUGCUUCGUGGGCAAAGGGCGCGUGGGAAAGACCUCGACGCUGAGGAACAUUCUGCUGUCGCUGUUCGGGCUGCUGCGGGUCAAUCGUGGCCUUGUUACCUGUCUGUUUCUCCACCUCUUGCUGCGCCUUCGUUUGCUGCUGUAUCUUCCUCACUCCUGCGCGAGCCAUGUCCUUGUCGAUAACUCUGCCCUCCCACUGCCUCCACUCUUCAUCCAGGUCGUGCACCUCGGCAACGGAGCGCGCGACGCCGAAGGUGGACGCCUCCUCCUCGGGCAGCUCUUCCCCUUUGAUGCGCCUCAGCUCCCGCGCAUCAAAGGGGAAGAGCUGCCCGAGGAGGAGGCGUCCACCUUCGGCGUCGCGCGCUCCGUUGCCGAGGUGCACGACCUGGAUGAAGAGUGGAGGCAGUGGGAGGGCAGAGUUAUCGACAAGGACAUGGCUCGCGCAGGAGUGAGGAAGAUACAGCAGCAAACGAAGGCGCAGCAAGAGGUGGAGAAACAGACAGGUAACAAGGCCUCGAGCCAGCAGACCGAGAAGAAGGACAACGCAAACGAACCGCUUGAGCCGUUGGAUGCAGACGCGCAGAAUGGAGCUUCGGGCAAGAUCAUGUCAAGCACGUCAGCCGGGGAGGAUGCCACGAUUGACCCGCAGCAGCCCGAACAGCGACAGCAGAAUGUUCCUGAGCUUGGACUCAAGGGACAGCUCCCGCGGAUGCUCGGCCCGUCGCAGCUCAGCGGCGAGCUGGUGCUGGAGUUAUCUGGAGGGAAAACUCAGGAGGAAGCGUCCAGGCCGCAGCUCCGGCUGCAAGCCUGGGACUUCCCCGGGCAGCGCGAGUAUGCGCAGCUAAACCUCUUGUACUUUACUGGGCAGGCCAUGUAUCUCGCGAUGUGUGAUCUGAGCGCUGACCCGGUGGAGGAGUGGCAAGAUCUGAAAUUCUGGCUGUGGGCGAUCACCCGCUACGCCAAGACGGAGAAAGAGAAGGAGGGCCACAAGAAGAGGGGAGGAGGAGGCGAGAGGUUUGAGGAGGCUGAGGAGCAGCCGAGGCCGCCGAUUCUGAUCGUAGGCACCCACUGGAGCAAACGGAGGCAGGGCGCCGACGUUGCCUUGCAGAAACACCUGGAAGGUCUGGUGGAACAGCUGCCCAGCCUGAGGCGGCAGCUGCAGGAUGGCCCCGGAAGCUGUGAUGGCGAGGCCUGCCGCUGCAAGUGGCUGUUCCCUGUCGAAAACAAGGCCGAUUGCUUGGAGAAAUGCAAAGGGAUCGGGGCGCUCCGGAAGAAGAUCGGAGAGAUCGGCCAGGAGAUGAUUCUCGACAGAGCUCUGCAGCGCAUGCCGGCUCAGCACGCCGGUAUGAACUCCAAGCGCUACCCCGUGUCAUGGCUGCGCGGCCACGACCUGCUGCGCCAGCUCGGCGAGGGCCUCGCCUGCACUGCCGCCAGAAAAGAUGUGCAAAGCUGCGUGGAAGAGGCCCGAAGAGCGGGAAAGCACCUGCAGAAGGAUGCAAGAGGAGCUGUCACUUUCCCUCUGCAGUCGCUGCUGGACGUCCAGUGCUCCGUUUGGGAGGGGUUGAAGGCACCGGCAGGCACUUCGUUGAGGGCCUGCCUCUUUGGAAAAGAGAGCGACGCAGAGACCGUGGAGGUGAACCUGUCUUUCGAUUUCCUGUCUUUGGAGACCGUGUCGGAGCUGCUGCAACGCAUGAGGCCGAAGCAUCUGGAAGGUGAAGAGGUGAAGAAGCUGUUGAGGGUCCUGCACUCUUUGGGCACCUUGGUGUGGUUCGAGGACGAGCACCUGGACCAGGUUGUGAUGCUGAAUCCGAGCAAGGCUGCCGAAGCGCUGACGGGCCUCCUGUUCGUCCGCUUCCGUGAGGAGUCCCACUGGGAACACUCCCAGGAGUAUCAAGCAUACAUGGACGAGAAGAUAAGGCGUGCCGAUCCCGGCGACCUGCUGCGCUUCAAGGCCUGUGGAGUGGUGACGCUGCAGUUCCUGAAGCAUCUCUGGGCACAAGAGUUCCAGGAGGAGCACGAGGCAAUUCUGCGGGAGGUGCUCUUGAGACGUGGGGUCAUGGUACAGCUACCCGAGGUGGAUCAGUUCAUGGUGCCCUGCUGCCUUCCAAAAGCCCACCUCUUGCAGCCGCCAGCACGGACCGAAGACCUGCUCCUUUACGUGCACCUGGAUGGCUUCAUGUCUCCGCAUCUCUUUCCGAAGCUGGCAUCGAUCCUGUACAAGACGUUGACCUCUCCGGGGAGUGGUGCCGCGCGUCUGUCGCCAGGCCCGCCGCAAAUCUACAGCAACCUGGUGGAGGUCCGCACGGCGGAUGCGGCGGUGAACCUGUCGCUUUUCCCGAUCGAGAGCCCGGAAUUGCUGCGAAUCCAUGCCAGCCAUGCUGGCCAUGCUGGCCAUGCCAGUCCGCAGGACCAGGAAGACCUGAAGCUGGCCUUGAUGUCGGCCUGGAGGAAGGCAUUGGGCUUCGAGUGCAAGGCGAUGAGGGAUGCUGUCGACGCACAAGACCUGUCAGAGUAUGGCACGGGCAUCUCCUCGGGCAUCUUGCCGUGGCUCCAAGAGAUGCGCUCCUUGCGGUCAGUCGAUCGUUUCGCAUCGCGAUGCCCUUGUGUGACCCGAGACUGCAGAGUCUCCACUUUCUCCGAGAAGUGCAACCUCUGUCGAGGGGCAUGCUUGCUGGAGGAGCGCUUUCACGCGGAUCUAAGUGAAGAGCUUCGCAGGGUCAUCGCUGCCGUCUCCUUGUUCGAGCACACGCGGCCAGCAGGGAGCUUUCGCUUCAAGCAGUUCAACUUCCCUGGGGAUGUGGAUCUGGCCGAGUACGUGAUCCUGGAAGCUCGCGACGAGGCAGAGGCCCUGGAAAAGUUGGCCGCCGAGCUCCAAAAGAAGUUUGGAAAGCACUGGAACGAGGACUUGGCGAUUCACUGGGGUGGCCUCAAAACUGGAGAUCCACACUCAUCAGACGAGGACAAGCUUCUGACUUGGAGCCGCGAAGAAAUCAGGGAAGGCUUCAAGCUGUGCCAAGCAGAAGGUGCCAAGAACGAGCAAAGCCAGAUUGGUUUGGUCGAGGCCCUCAGGAAGGGCGCAAGAGGCCGCACCGCCAAGGUAGACGUGUUUGCCAAAACGUGCCUCUUCCAAGGGCGGCCGUGUGGCGCACAUGAGGUGCGAUUCUUCGAGGUGACAAACGUGCUUUAUGCCGGGUACAUCUGCACGGAGGACGCCUCGAGACAGGUGAGGCCUUUGACAAAGGAUGGCAACCAGAUCGAGUACCUGGAGAGAGGGUUGAAGGAGUACGCUGCGAAACAUGCCAAGCCCAUGAAGUAUGUGAAGCGGCUUUGGGAGCGGAGCGCCUUCUUCUGCCAGCGCGGCUGGGAUCAGGAGCUCCACCUGAGCGUGCUGACGCUGCUGUGGCCCCUGCUCCAGCACUGGGCCGCCCAGCUCUGCCAGCUUGCCGCACACGCAGAGGCCCUGGCCAGCAUGCUCAAGACGCCCCCAAGCCCAGCCCCAAGCCCACCCUCAGCACCCAAGCCCCAGCAGCCCCAGCAGCCCCAGCAGCCUCAGCAGCCUCAGCAGCCUCAGCAGCACCAGCCACUGACGCCCAAGCAGAAAGACGCGAUCGAUGACGUGGCCCAGCUGCGCGAGAGCUUGAAGGUGAUGCAGCAACAGCUAGAUGGCCCGAUGCACAACACGCAAAACUCCACAGAAGUCGAGAGAGAGGAGAAGGAGGAGGCCAGGACGUGUGUUCGCCAGUGUUUGGGAAUGCUGGAGCAGAAGGCCGCCUUCGAAGGAGAUGUGCGGACGGACAAAAUUCAAGAGAGGCUUGAGGUCGUUCAGGGCUUGCUGGAAGCCUGCUCAGACGUGGUGAUCAUGAACAAGCUGGGUUCCUUGCCCCACCGACUGGCAGCGCCAAUGGGCAACAUGUGGCAGUUUCCAUCAGAUCACCCCCCCGUCGGGGCCACGGUCACAGUGAAUGAAGCAAAGCCGCUCCAUGUUGCAUCUUGGAACGUCUUGAACAAGAGCUACUACAAGUUCAUUGCGGAAGACACGCAGGGCCUCAACGGUUCGCUGAUCUCGGAACUACACGCUCGGGAAUCUCCAGAGUCCGCCGACCGAGCAGACGCCCGAGAGCACCGGAUUGCCGACAUCACGCAGAAGAUGCUUUGCCGUGAACAUUACCCGGUCUCCUUGAUUUGCUUGCAGGAAUGCUCGGCAGACUUUCUCCGCGUCCUCCAGAGGAGGCUUGGCGAAGUGGGGAUGCCGCGAUUUACGCUGCUGCAAAGUGGGCAGGACGACGACAAAAACCAAGAGGCUCUGGUUUUCGACACGGAGGUCCUGGAGUUGCUUCCCGGACCGAACAAUCCGAUCUGCCAUCGUGGCGAGGAGGCCUACGCAUUCGAUGAGAAGAAGGCCAUCAUGGAGGCAAAGUUCCGCCUGAAGGAGUCCCAGACUAAUUUCCGCGUGGUGACCACGCAUCUGCCCGGAAGACCUUAUGGACCUGCACGUGAGCAGUUUUGCAAGUGCGUGGCGCGUUUGGUGAACCGCGACACAGACAAUCUUCCCACAUUGCUGCUGGCUGACUUGAACUUUCCCGAAGAGGCCGUGAAGUCCCUCCUUCGCUUCCACGACGUGCGCGCGACCUUCGUGGAGAUCCCGUAUCCGACGAACAUCUGCCCGGCAUCGCUGCUCCCGAAGAGGAUCGACAGCGUCGCCACCAUACAAAGCAAACAAAGCAACAGUCGCAUUCGUGCGAAGCUCUUCUGCGGUGGCCUCAAGGACCCCCAGAAGGUGAUGGCAAAGGAAGUUCUCGAGGAGCUGCUUCCGGGGUGCAAAAGCCGGGAAGCCAUCGAGCUUUUGGAGUCGAGGUCCCUGGAGCUGGAUGAGAACCUGCGACGGCUCCGGCUCCCUGGGCCCGAAGCGGAACCUUUGCCCGACCAGGCCUCUUUCCAGGCGCAGAGCGCAUUGAAGGAGGAAGUGAAUAGACUUGCACAGGAGCUCGCCACGCUCAAGCCCGACGUCGAGCACUUGAAGAAGCAGCGCACAGAGAAAGCAGAGGCAGAGGCCAAGCACUCCGCCGCAGCGAGUUCCGAGGCCUUGCAGACAGGCCUGCACUUGGAAUCCGAACCUGCGGAGAGUCAGGCAACGGCAGCAACACCAGAAACGCCUGCGGAACUCGCCACCGGCAACGUAGUUAUCGGCGGCUGGAUGCGCUUGAUGCGCCUGCGCGAGAUGGCGCGAGAUGCAGCCUUGGAUGAAUGA